AUGAAACAGUUGAACAUGUUAUAAUGAAUGCACUGUAUGAAAUGUACUGUUGAAAGGAAUGAACUAGUAAAUAAGGGUGAGCAGUUUACAAUUAAAAAUGUACUUAAUCCAGGUAGACACAUAACUGGACGAAGUCUCUAUGCGGAUAUAAGAAUCAAGGGUGAUUGUAUGUAGGUUGGUGGAGUAAGGGAAUUGUAUGUAGAGUGUCAAUGGUUCAUUUGGGCUAUAGGUGGCGGUAAUGCACUUAUAUGUCUGCGAUCCGCCGUAGAAUCAGUAGAAGAAGAAGAAGCCGUAAACCGAAGAGCGUCAUUGAGUCGGCGCGAUUUUUUAGAUAUUAUAGUUGGAGUUCGUUCGCUUUGUAUAUUUAAAUCUGUGGUCAGACACGAUUCAGAGAGCACCGAUGACACAUUAGUAAUGCUAACGUCAGAGGCCGUGGUACUGAACGAGCUAGCGUGAUUAUAGUUCAAAAGGGCAAGUUAUCGUAAUUAUAUGAGAUAAAAAAAGUUGCAAAAUCGCGUUUGUCAUCCGCCACAGUGACAGCAAGUGGACUUUUGAGGAGAGUGGAACAACAUGGAUGUUAUUAUACCACAUUUUUGGCAAGGAGGAUGGAUUGUAUACGUCACGGUCAGGUACAGGAGAGAAGGCUACUAACGUUACAUUAGACAGCAAGGCAAGCUGCUACCAUGCUGGUUUCAACUAAAGUUAACUGUGUUGUUAUUCUAAAAGAUCUGGUUCUUUGGGCCUCCAAACAUCACAGCAAUAACAAUUCACACCUUCAUUGAAGCCACUCCCACAACAAUUCACCAAUAAAUACUGUGAAUAUUCCCAUCAUCCUACAAGAGAAGUUCUUCAGACCAGCAGGAAGAUCUCCAGGUGUAACAACUGAAAUCUGUGUGAUAUAAUAUGGAAAAGAUGGAGUUUAUUAAAGAGGAGAAAGAAGACAUGAGUUAUCUAGAGGCAUACGACAUAAAACAUGAAGAUACUGAGGAACAAAUAGACAUCAUAAAAUUGAAAGAAGAAACCCAAGAUCUGAAUGAAGUGGUGGAGGAACAUCAGUAUCAGAAGCCUCAUCAUUUCUUAAGUGGAGAACAAUCCUUUUUUAGUUGUGCACAGACUGAAAAUUAUUUCUCACAAAACCAAACUCAAACAACAGAGGACAAAAACUCUUUCACCUGCUCUCAGUGUGGAAAGAGUUUUACACGUAAAGAACACCUUAAAACACACUUGAGAAUUCACACUGGAGAGAAACCUUUCACAUGUACUCAGUGUGGAAAGCGUUUCACAAAUAAACACACCCUUGAGAUGCACUUGAGAAUUCACAGCGGAGAGAAACCUUUCACAUGCACUCAGUGUGGAAAAAGUUUUGCACGUAAAGACAGUCUUAAUAACCACACGCGAACUCACACUGGAGAGAGGCCUUUUACAUGCCCUGAGUGUGGCAAGAGUUUUAAAUGGUUAACCAAUUUCAAAGAUCAUCUACUCUCUCACUCUGGUCUAAAGCCUUUUCACUGUGACCAGUGUGGUGAAAGAUUUAUUUCAGCAUCAGUUCUAAGAAGCCACAUGAAUGUUCAUGCAAGGCCAUACUUGUGUUCCUGUGGAAAGAGUUUUUCAUGGCUGAAGUGUUUGAAAGCUCAUGAGAAAACACACACUGGUGUUAAAGAUCAUGUGUGCUCUGACUGUGGAAAGGGUUUCUCUACAACCGGCCACUUGAAAAGACACCAGAGGAUUCAUACUGGAGAAAAACCUUACAAGUGCUCACAUUGUGACCAGUGCUUCACUGUGUCAGGAGACCUGAAAACACACGUGAGAGUUCAUACUGGAGAGAAACCGUACAAGUGCUCACAUUGUGACAAAUGUUUUGCUCAGUUAGGACCAUUGAAAAGACAUCAGAGUGUUCAUACUGGAGAGAAACCGUACCACUGCCCUCCAUGUGGAAGGAGUUUCACUCAGUUACAUCAUCUAGUGGUUCAUAUAAAAAAGCAUUGUCCAGGUAACAAAGGUCAUAAGGAAUCAUUUGAGAUUUACAUCAUAAAAGUGAAAGAAGAAAGCCAAGAACUGAAUGAAGUGGUGGAGGAACAUCAGGAUCAGAAGCCUCGUCAUUUCUUAAGUGGAGAAACACAAAACCAAACUCAAACAACAGAGGACAAAAACUCUUUCACCUGCUCUCAGUGUGGAAAGAGUUUUACACGUAAAGUACAUCUUAAAACACACUUGAGAAUUCACACUGGAGAGAAACCUUUCACAUGUACUCAGUGUGGAAAAAGUUUUGCACAUAAAGAUGCUCUAAAAAACCACACACGAACUCACACUGGAGAAAAACCUUUUACAUGCCCUGAGUGUGGCAAGAGUUUUAAAUGGGCACCCACUUUCAGAAAUCAUCUACUCUCUCACUCUGGUCUAAAGCCUUUUCACUGUGAUCAGUGUGGUGAAAGUUUUAUUUCAGCAUCAGUUCUAAGAAAACAUCUGAAUGUUCAUGCAAGGCCAUACUUGUGUUCCUGUGGAAAGAGUUUUUCAUCUUCGGGCAUUUUGAAAGUUCAUGAGAAAACACACACUGGUGUUAAAGAUCAUGUGUGCUCUGACUGUGGAAAGGGCUUCACUACAGCUGGCCACUUGAAAACGCACCAAAGAGUUCAUACUGGAGAAAAACCUUACAAGUGCUCACAUUGUGACAAAAGUUUCGUUCAGUCAGGACAAUUGAAAAGACACCAGAGAGUUCACAGUGGAGUGAAACCGAUCCAGUGCCCCAAUGUGGAAGGAGCUUCACCCAUUUAUAAUAUGGAAAAGAUGGAGUUUAUUAAAGAGGAGAAAGAAGACAUGAGUUAUCUAGAGCCAUACAACAUAAAACAUGAAGAUACUGAGGAACAAAUAGACAUUAUAAAAGUGAAAGAAGAAACCCAAGAACUGAAUGAAGUGGUGGAGGAACAUCAGUAUCAGAAGCCUCAUCAUUUCUUAAGUGGAGAACAAUCCUUUUUUAGUUGUGCAGAGACUGAAAAUAAUUUCUCACAAAACAAAACUCAAACAACAGAGGACAAAAACUCUUUCACCUGCUCUCAGUGUGGAAAGAGUUUUACACGUAAAGACAACCUUGAGAUGCACUUGAGAAUUCACAGCGGAGAGAAACCUUUCACAUGCACUCAGUGUGGAAAAAGUUUUGCACGUAAAGACAGUCUUAAUAACCACACACGAACUCACACUGGAGAGAGGCCUUUUACAUGCCCUGAGUGUGGCAAGAGUUUUAAAUGGUUAACCAAUUUCAAAGAUCAUCUACUCUCUCACUCUGGUCUAAAGCCUUUUCACUGUGACCAGUGUGGUGAAAGUUUUAUUUCAGCAUCAGUUCUAAGAAGCCACAUGAAUGUUCAUGCAAGGCCAUACUUGUGUUCCUGUGGAAAGAGUUUUUCAUGGCUGAAGUGUUUGAAAGCUCAUGAGAAAACACACACUGGUGUUAAAGAUCAUGUGUGCUCUGACUGUGGAAAGGGUUUCUCUACAACCGGCCACUUGAAAAGACACCAGAGGAUUCAUACUGGAGAGAAACCUUACAAGUGCUCACAUUGUGACCAGUGCUUCGCUUGGUCAGGAAACCUGAAAACACACGUGAGAGUUCAUACUGGAGAGAAACCGUACAAGUGCUCACAUUGUAACAAAUGUUUUGCUUUGUCAGGACCAUUGAAAAGACAUCAGAGAGUUCAUACUGGAGAGAAACCGUACCACUGCCCUCCAUGUGGAAAGAGUUUCACUCAGUUACAUCAUCUAGUGGUUCAUAUAAAAAAGCAUUGUCCAGGUAACAAAGGUCCGAAGGAAUUUGAGGGAGAGCGCAAAAAAACAGUCCGAGAGAGAACAAAUACUACUAAAGGCCUGAUGGAAGUGAAAGAGGAAAUUCAAGAGCUGAAUGAAGUGGAGGAGAAACAAAAGGAACCUCAUCAUUUCAUAAAUGGAGAAAAAUCACUUUGUUGCACACAGACUAAAAAUAAUUUCUCACAUAAUAGAACAGAGCACAAAAACGCCUGUCUGCAAUGUGGAAAAUGUUUCACACGGAAAGACAGCCUUAAGGAUCACCUAAAAAUUCACUCUGGAGAGAAACCUUACACAUGUCAUCAGUGUGGAAAGAGUUUCACACGGAAAUAUAGCCUUCAGAAUCACAUUAGUAUUCACUCUGGAGCGAAACCGUUUACCUGCCCUCAAUGUGGAAAGAGUUUCACACGGAAAGACUGCUUUGGGAUGCACUUAAGGAUUCACACUGGAGAGAAACCGUUCACAUGUACUCAUUGUGGAAAAAGCUUCAGACAACAAGAGCACCUUAUUAUUCACAUUAGAAUUCACACCGGAGAGAAACCUUACUCGUGCCGUCAAUGUGGAAAAAGUUUUGCACGUAAACAAGCGCUUCAGAACCACACACGAAUUCACACCGGAGAAAAGCCUUACACGUGUCACCAGUGUGGCAAGAGUUUCAAAUGGUCGCACAAUUUCAAAGAUCAUCUGCGCGCUCACUCUCAGAUCAAACCUUUUAAUUGUGUUCAAUGUGGUGGAAAUUUUCCAUCUGCAUCUGUUCUAAGAAUCCACCUGCAAGUUCAUGCAAACGAAAGGUGUCACUUGUGUUCUUUUUGUGGAAAGAGUUUUUCCCGACUGGACUGUUUCAAAGCGCACCAGAAAUUACACACUGGCGUGAAAGCUCACGUGUGCUCUGAGUGUGGGAAGGCCUUUUAUAAAGCAGCAAACUUGAAACUGCACGAGAGAAUUCAUACUGGAGAGAAACCAUACAUGUGCUCACAAUGUGACCAGUGCUUCAGUCAUUCACGGUCCCUGAAAACACACGAGAGAGCGCAUACUGGACAGUCCCCUUCCACCAAAUCAAGUCAGGAAAAAGCAUUACAUAAACCUGUCACAUUGAGUUCAUUAUAAAUGGUGUGAGCUUUAAAAACAGUUUCUCCUAUCUAAGAAGAUAAUUGUCUAAAUUGGCAAAUGGAAUGACUUGCAAUGAGAUUUAUUGACUAAAAGAGUGUUAAACAUUUAAAAACUCUGCGUGCAUGGAAAUAUAUCUAUAGAAAUGAGUUUGUGUCUUACUAGUAUUUCUAGUUUGUGACGUGCUAGUUAAAUGCAUCAUAGUACAUUGUAUUUCUGCAUUGUGGUAAAUAAAUCAUGACGUGCCACGGGUAUUAUUGGGUCAAUGAUGUGAUACAAAUUUUCCCCCCCAGAUUUAUUCAAGUAGGUUGCUUUUCAGUGUUAAAACCAUAGACUGUAAAAAAAGAUGGCCGACGCCCCUUCGCUCUUUUCCAUUGUUGAGAACUGAAGCCGCCAGUGUCCCGAUAUGGCGCUGACAUCUUGGGACUUCAGUCUGCGCAGUUGCGAUUUCAGGACCAGACCUGCGCAGUAGUGAGCAGGAAGUAAAGCCGCGAAAUCAAGGCCCCGUCCUCACUCUCGCUGAAUCAAUUGCAAGACACGCCCCUGCACUUUUGACUUUUGACGGUGUGAAAUAAUUAAUUAUUGAAAUUUAGAUAUUACAUUUAAAGCUCCAAUCUCCUCAGUCCUCCGAAGAUCCCGAAAAAAAGUCAGUUGGUGCUUCAGUGACUACUUCGCUCAGAGAACCUGUCAAUCACAGCUGUCAAUCAUGAUGUCAUAGCACCGUUUUUAUAGCAUCAAAUAAAUAAAAACAAACUUAUUUUGAAAACAAACACUUGAAAUUACAUCAACGUGAAAGAAACGACAGUAAAUGAUAGAAACUAUCUUUGGAAAAAAGAUAUGUGAAGUGUAAUUUAAUUGCUUAGUUGGUCUCACA